GACGUGUGGCGUAGGUUUGGGGCUUGGUAUGGCGUUGGAGUGAGGGGGAUAUAUAAUGAGAUGGGUGCGCACAAAGUUGAAUGCAUUAACGAUCUGAUCUGAAUGUUUUGCGCAUCUACCUUGAUUUGUUUUCUAAUUGUUCAAGCGAUUUCAUUUCUUCUUCCAGAAAGUAAUACGUCUUGACCUACCUUUCGAUUAUCUGAUUUUCGAACCUGUAUAUCUUCCAAUAUGUUGACUACAUACCUCACUCGCCUCGCAUGCGCCGCAGCACUCUUUGUUCGAACUCAUGCUCAGAACAGCAGCAUCCCAGCCGACCUAUCCAUCGGCUUCGAGACUAGCAGCGUCUCCUUCCAAGUCUCCUACGUCGGGGACCCCGAAAACGGCUUUAAAGACGGAACGACCUUCAAGAAAGCAGACGUAGCCAAAGAGCCCGAAUUCGCCUUCGGCGACUCCUCGGGCAUCGCCACCGCCACAAAAUACCUCAUCGUCCUGCUCGACAUCUCCUGCGACUCCGCGCGGACCCUGCACUACGCGAAACCCGACUUCAAAUACGACUUCGACAUCACCUCCAUCUCGUCCAACGCCACCGCGAUUCAAGAAUAUAAGCCGCCUGGCGCGUUCGGCGAGACGGGCGAUGGGCGGAAGUACGCGUUCUUGUUCUAUAACCAGCCUGGGAACAAUGAUAUUGCGACGAUGAAGAUACCGAAGGAGGGAGAGGCGUUCGAGGUCAAGUCAUUCCAAGAUGAUAACGGGCUUGUGGAUUCGGUGGCGGGGGUGGAGAUGGUGGUGAAUCUUGGAGGGAGUGUGAGUUGUGACGGGAAGGCUGCUGCGACGGGGGCGAGUACGGCUGCUGCUGCGAGCAGUGGGGCAUCUAAGACGAGUUCAGUUGGGGACGCAAGCGCUGCGACUGCGUCUGCCAGUACGACGGGAAGUCCUAAGAGUUCAAAAUCGGCGGCAGGGUUUACGACUACGCCCUUGGGUGGACUUGAAGGCCCUAGUUCGUCGGCGAAAGAUCAGUCAACGGAGCUUGUUGCGGCGUCAACAGCACUUGUAGGCACUUCGCAGACGGGUGCAUCAGCGUCUGGUCAGACGGCGAGUGGAACGGCUACUGGAGCGGCGGCCACUGCGACCGGCGCGGCAUCAGUAUUGUCGCUAGCUACGACGAAGUAUGUGAUUGUAGCUUCGCUGUUUAUGUUUGCGGGCUUAUUGGCAUUUUGAAGCAUGAUAGG